ACUUCUGUUCAGGCACUCGAAGAGGAAGGUAAUGCGGAAAAACACCAAUUGGCAGCCAUGCAUCAGCAACGUGUUUUGGCACACAUAAAUCAACGUAAACGUGAGGCGAUGACAUGCUACACACAGGCCCUAACAGAGCAACCACCAAAUGCUCAUCAUGUGGAGAAAUGUUUGCAGAAAUUAUUGCGUGCUUUACACAAGGAUCGUGCUCAUGCUUUGGCUCAUUAUCGUCAUCUCUUGAAUUCCGGUGGUGCUGGCGGUUUGGAGGCUGCCGCCUCAGAACGUCCUCGCACUUUGGAACGUUUGAUUGAUAUCGAUCGUGCUGUUAAUCAGUCCAUGACCAUGCUUAAACGUUAUCCUGUGUCCAAUAAGAUUUCUCAGCUCAUGAAUGAUUACAUUUUGGCUUUGCGCAGUAAAGAUGACAUUCCCGGCUCUUCUUUGGGCAUGAGUGAAGAAGCUGAGGCUGCCAUUUUAGAUAAAUAUCGUGUGGUUGAACGCAAGGUUGCCGAAAAGGAACGUUUACGUUUGGCCGAAAAACAACGCAAGGAGCAAAGAGCUGCUGAACGUGAGAAAUUGCGUGAGGAAAAAUUGCGUUUGGAGGCCAAGAAAGUGGACGAUAUGGUUAAAGCCGAACAAGAUUCAGGAGCCUUUACCAGUGAAGAAUCCAAAACCAGCAAAGAUGAGUCUAUCGUAGAUCCCACAAAAAUUGCUCACAGUGACAAAGAUCUGGCAGCUGAGGAAUAUUUGGAGGCUACCUUAAGCACCAAAACCCAAACCAUCCUGCCCACCGUGGAUGAUGAGGCUGUCCAGCGUGCUGUGGAGGAUGUAGCCGCCGCCGUCGCCCAUCAAGAGGCCGAACCUGCUGUCCAACACUUCAUGUCCCAUGAUUUGGGUCAUCGCGAAUCGAGCUUCUCUCUACGCAGAGAAUUCUCUCAUUCACCGGCGCAUGCGAAGGAGGGUCGCAAUGUCUAUUUCACUUUAUCCUUUGCCGGCAUCGCCUUAAUGGCAGCCAUAUUUGUGGGCAUUGCUGUGGCCAAGUGGAGAACAGCUCGUUCGCCACAUGCGCAAGGUUUUAUUGAAGUUGAUCAGACCAUAAACUAG